AUGGAUACCACACCUCAAGAAGGCGCUCAAGUUUUUGCCUUAUUGCAACAAGGACUCAACGAUAGACAAGAGACUGGAGCAUUCACUCGGAGACCAACAACCAGCCGCCACCGUUGUACUUCUGAACGAGACGACCGUUUCAUUGUCUCAACCUCCCUGCGAAAUCGGCACCUUACGGGUGUCGACGUGCAGGGCGAGCUGAGAUGUGUUCGAGGUAUAGCUGUCAGCGAGUGGAUAGCAAGAAGACGUCUGAAGGAAGCCGACCUGACUCCAAAAAGGCCUGCAACGGGACCCAAAUUGACUGCAGGCCACCGGCAAGCUCGGCUACAGUUUGCUCGAGAGCAUCUUAACUGGAGCAUUAGGCAAUGGCGGUCGAUCCUGUUGACUGACGAGUGCAGGAUGUGUCGGCAGGGCAGUGACAGGAGAGGCCGGGUCUAUAGGCGUCCGGGAGAGCGAUUUUCCUAA